UUCAACAGGAAAUAUUAUUAGCACACAUCUCAAGAUCAAAUUCCCCCACUGCUGAGGCUUCAUGUUUCUGUACCAUGAGGGGCAGGAAUUUUGCAUUUCAUUCAGGGCUUUGUGUCCUGUUAAUAUCACUGGGAACUAUUUCUCACAAGAACACAAAUGUGGAUGAGUGUAUCUCUGGAAAACACCAACGCCACAACUCGACCCAUUGCAUCAAUGUGAAGGGAAGCUAUAGAUGCUACUGUCACCAUGACUGGAUGGCCAGGUCCAAGCCUCUGCAUGGCCUGGAGCUCACCAUCUGUGAAGAGGUCCCCUUCUCCUCAUGGACAUCACCUUCUGGAGUCACCAGCCAGGACCUCAUGAAGGAAGUAAUUGAGCUGCUGGAUACCCCAGGGGACCUGAAGACCCUGCCUCCCUCAAAGCAGCACUGUGUGGACACUCAUCUGCUCGUUGGCCUGGAGGAUGUCCUAAGAGUGCUAAGCAAGUUCCUGCCCAAUGGGCCGUUGACUGUGUGUGCUCCUGCAGGCACAGAUGCUGGCUCCACACAGACAAAGGAUUCAUAUGGACCUUCCUUGGCUCCAUCUGCGCCAUCUUCUCUGAUGCUAACAUUUAAAGCCACAGCUCAGCUGCUCAUCUUGGGCUGCACAUGGUGUCUGGGCAUCCUGCAGGUGGGUCCAGCUGCCCAUAUCAUGGCUUACCUCUUCACUAUCAUCAACAGCCUGCAGGGCAUCUACAUCUUCCUGGUGUACUGCAUCCUCAGUCAGCAGGUCCAGGAACAAUACAAGAAAUGGUUCAAAGGGAUCAGGAAAACAAAAGAUGAGUCUGAGAAGUACAUGCUCUCAAGUGGGACCAUGUCUGAUGCCUCCAAACACAGUGUGGCCCCUGAAUUCUGCUUACCCUCAAAUCUUAGCAAGUACCAAAAAAGUGGAACAUGCCCCCCCACAUCAACCUUUCCUGGGAAUUGGCUGACCACAGCAAGACCCUCUCUUUGUCACAACACACUGAUAAUUUCCCCUUAUUUGUCCAGCUUCCCCUCCAAAAAUGCUGUUUAUUCUUUCUGCUUCCUCCUUUACCCUAUAAAAUAAAAACGUUUUUCUGUAUUUUGAGAUGCUCAUCGACUUCUGAGAUCAGAAACUUCUCCCUGCUGCAAUAGUCCUUCUAAGUAACUUGUCUCUUUAUUCAAGCCCAGAUUUAAAUUUAUUGGACAUAAAACACAUAAAUUGCCUCAUAACAUCUAUAAAAACAAAACCAUGGCAUUUCUUAAUGUGUGGUAUUGUUCCAGGAACAUAAGUUGAGUCUAUGAAUCAAAAUAAAGGACACGUCACAUAUAGCAAUGUAACGUUUCAUAAAAAUGACAUUCUAAAUCAGUGUGUGAAGCAUUGCAUGUGAAGUCAGGGAAGUCACA